UUCGCUCUGUAUAAAAGACCGGCACCGAAUAGAAGGAAGUUAAACCGAACUCUUUCCUACGACUUCGACUACUUAUUGAUCUACUCAUUCAUAAGUAUCUCCAUUAACAAUGAAGGUGACAAUUAUUUUCGCCCUCGCUCUCCUAGUGGUCUGCACUAUCUUUUCAGACACAGCAGAGGCCAGACCUGCGGAAAAAGUUCGCAAGCGCAGGGCGAACGAAGGUGACGAAGGUGACGAAGGUGACGAAGGUGACGAAGGUGACGAAGAAGGCGAAUACGAAUACGAAUACGAAUACGAAGAAGAUAAGGAAGAGGUAAAACCUCCGAAGCCCUCAGUUGAAGAAUCAGGUCGUCCUAUUGAUUUCAUCCGGAAGAACAUCGGUGAUCCUAACUUUGUUGACAAUCUAAGGGCUAGGUUACAUAUUUAUGGCCACUGAUGUUUAUAAUUCAGUUUUCACUCCUCAUUUGCUUCAAUUAAUUUCACAAAAUUAAAAAUGAGGAUAGAAAUACAAUACCCAAGCUGAAUAGAUACUAUUCUGAAUUCUAAUUGGUAGACAUAUGUAUUGGAAAAGAAGUCAAUAUUGUUCCAACACUUUUGUGAAAAUAAAAAACUUCAUAAAAAUA